AUGAACAAUCCAUCUCUAAUGCAAUUCACUUAGAAGGAAUCUGAAUUUUGUUGGUUGGUUGGUUUAAAAGCUAUCAGUACUAAGUAACCAAUGAUCACUUUGUGGUUAAAAAGUGAGUAGAGAAAAGUAGAUCCAACACUAUUAAAAAAUGAGUUUAUGAAGUAAUUCUAAUCAGGGUUCCUCCAUCUUAAUAGUAUAAUAACUGGAGAUCGAAAUAAGAAUUCAUAAAUUAUCAAAGGAAUUUCCGAUACUACAGUGAUAGCUAUAGUAAGAGUAAUACGAGAAGACGGAAUUAAGGAAUUCGAGCAGAUGAGAAAUGACUUUUAAAAAUUAAUAACUAUUAUAACAUAUUUAAGUUUAACAAGAUCAGUAAUGAGUGAUGCAGUGAUGAAAUUUUUAAGUAAUUAAUAAAAUGAAAGUCAUUAAUACCUUGACAAUUUAUUAUCAACUUUAGGUAAAAUAGAAUAAAUGAAAAAUGCAAUGAACACAAAUAAAUAUGAUCCUAUCAAAGAUACAUAAUUAUAUAAGUUGUUAUUUGCGAAGGGUAACUUGUAUGAUCCAUUUAUAUCCAAUCAACAAACCAUUACUUAAACCUAAUAAAUUCCACAAAAUUCAUAGGCUGUCUAACAAAGUCAUCCAGAGAAAUAGACGGCUCAAGUAUCUCCAAUGAGAUAAGCACUAACGCCAAUAUCUGAAUAAAAAUAGCAUUAAUAGUAGAUGAAUUAACAAACAAUACUUCAACAAUAACAAAUUAAGUAAACUAGACCAUUAGUACAAGUAGAAGAUUUUAGUGAGGAUUCGGGUGAUUCUUCUGUAGAUUUGGGGAACAAAUACAUCGUAAAUGCUAAACCACAGAAGUAGUAAGUAACUGGCACAGACAGUGAUUCUGAAAUUUAGGAGAUUCCUAACUUUAAAACUUGA